CUACGCCUGCGCCGUUGAGCGCGCCGUUGAGCGCGACCUUUCCCAGAGAGAAUCCGCACAGGCUUCUGACUCGAGAGCUAUCCCGAGCCAGGCACAGAUCCGGAAUGUUUCACCCGCAGGCACACUAGGACCCGCUCCGACUCCAUCCUAUGGAGCAUGAAGAAAACCACAGCGACCAUUGUUGAUCACGGCACGUCAUUCGAGAUCAUUAAUCCGCACGAGUCGCUGAACUUUGCCCGGAUCGUGUCCUUCAUCGAAGAUGUCGAUGCCUAUUCUCUUCGGGCAUCCAGCGGCCAUCAUCGCGAGUCGUACAUCGAGGUGAUUAAUGAGACGGAAGUGGACCCUAGUCCUGAAAGCCAACCUGGGGAUGACCACGCAAACCCGUCCUCGGAGCAGGAUUCCCAGCAGGUUCACCACGAAUUAGUUGGCGACUCGCCGCAUCUUCCCAUGCCGUCGAUAUCGGAGCGUCUGGAACGCGAGGACGCUGAUGACAUGGCCUCGAAUUACUCGCGCUCGCCCGGUUGCACGCGUAAGCGACCGGCGCCGCUCAGACCACGGGCCUGGACUGACGAGAGUGACCUUGGGGAGCCGGGCUCCCCGAUCCGGGAAGAUGGCGAUUGUCGGUCUCACGUACAAUUCCCACUGCCCACCCCUUCCCCUUACUCCCUAAGCGACAGCCAUCCGACCUCCUUACCCGGUCCAGCGGCGGCCUACUAUGAUCUCAAUCUUUGGUACGGACCCCAUGGGGUCGACCAGAGUCAGGGUCACCCUCACCCACUCCAUUCCAAUCCAACCUCUCCACAUUAUCUCUGCCCAUCCCCAUUCAUCUCCCAUCUGGCCUUGCCUGAGCAGCAGGAGAUCCGCAUCCAAAGCGGUAUUACCAAAAUAACCGACCGUCGUAAGAAGAACGUCAAACCGGGGAGCAGUGGGCCUCUGAAGCCCUUGAAGCGACUAUAUAACAUGCUCCAGCGAAAGCGGCAGUGAAUUUCUACCCAUUCUUAUUCAUUCGGCCCUCCUCCCUAGUUUUUUGUGCCUAGCGUUGUUUCCUAUUUGGCAUUUGAUACUCCCGGUCACAUGCGCGAGCGCAUGCCGUCAUGGUUUUCUCUGAGCAAGGAUUGUCUGUGUGUUCUAUAUCACUUUGAGCGAAUUGGGCCAUUAGCCUACCCCUGCCUGUCCGUUUAGAUUAGGGCCUUUGACAGGACCCAGCAUUGUUUUUCUUAUUGACAAGGGCAUAUAUCAAAUAGAGGUUGUGUUUGCCAGCACGGUGUGUACGUUUUAAGAUGGUUCACGUGCUAUAUAUUAGCUACUACUUUGGAAAGCGAAGACGGCGCAGUGGUGUGUGAAUUUUUAUGAUACAUGAAGAUGUGCGAUUAAAGAUAUAUAAAAGA